AUGACACAAGACUUGGCGUUGGCGGCAAAGAUGAACCAGAGUCUAGCGGAAGCACAACACCAACAACUUCCUUGCCCUCCAAGCCUAUCACCUGCUCCGCUGGUCACCGGUGAUGAUGCUAUCGGUCCCGAUCCUAUUCCCACGCCACCAACCUGUUCUUCUUGCUCCAAUCCCAUUGCCAUAUUGAACAACAACAACAAGAAGCUCAUAAUUGGUCUUAUUGUGUAUGUCAUAAUUGGCAUUGUCAUAUUCUGCACAACAAGUUUCGAGCUCGAAAAAACCAACAAGCUUGUGGAUGCUCUGUACUACAUUGUGGUCACGCUCUGCACCAUUGGAUAUGGCGACAUUGUUCCGAGUACCACGCUUGCCAAGUACCUCACCUGUUUCUUCAUCUUGCUCGGUUUCGGGUUCUUCGACCUUCUGCUAAAUGGGUUGGUGGCGUACAUCUGUGACAAAGAAUCAGUAUUGUUGAGGCCGUCGGAUGGGAAGUUCAAGAACAUGAUCCAGACGUAUAUGGUGGAUAAAAAGAAAGGAAGAAUCAGGACAAGAAGCAAGAUUGGGUUGGCAUUGGGAAUUGUUAUUGUUUGUAUAGGUAUAGGGACAGUCGCAGUGCAUUUUCUGGAAGGCAUGAGCUGGCCUGAUUGCAUUUGCCUCUCUGUUACAUCAGUCACAACUCUAGGCUAUGGGGAUUCGAGUUUCAAGACUACUGCAGGAAGGUGUUUUGCAAUUGUGUGGUUAUUGGUAAGCACAUUGGCUGUUGCCAGGGCAUUUCUGUAUUUCACUGAGCUUAGAAUGGAGAAGAGGAAUCGCCGAAUCCCCGAAUGGGUUCUUCAGAAGGAGGUUACUCUGAGGGAUUUAAAGGCAGCAGACCUUGAUAAUGAUGGAUGUGACAGCAAAUCAGAUUUCAUCAUAUACAAGCUUAAGGAGAUGGGAAGGGUUGCAGAGAGUGACAUCCUGCAAAUCUGCAAGAAAUUUGAUACCUUGGAACAUAGUAAUAAGUUUAGUGAAUUGCAUUCUCUGUUCUAUUACUUGUGUUUUGGGGUGUCUGAUAAAAUUCACUCAAUCCCCAAAUGA